CACGUGUGACUUGUGUGACUCACGGCGUACCAUCGGACUAUGCUCGGACUGACUGAGUGAUCUCAUCUCAUCAUCUCAUGUUGUAUGAUUUAUAAAUUUCUGCGAUCGUAUGCCCGUUAAAUAACACCCGGCGGAAAACCAAAAUAAAUAUAAGAAGAAAAUAGUGCCAUGGCAGAUCAAUCUGGGCCAGAUGGAACCCCAAUUUCUAAAAAAGCAGUGAAAAAACAACAGAAAGAGGCAGAAAAGGCACUGAAGAAAGCAGAGAAGAAGGCUGCACAAGAUGCCACAACGGCUGAAGUCGAGACUGAAGAUUACUCGAAGGAAAGCUAUGGCGUGAUGAAAAUGAUUCAGUCCACUACACGGUUGACUAGAACACUAGUCGGGGUUCAUACACUGAGUGCUGAACAGGGGGAGCAGACUGUUUGGAUCAGAGGCCGUUUGCACACCAGUAGGGGUAAAGGGAAGCAGUGUUUCUUCGUUCUAAGGCAAAGGCAGUUUACGAUUCAAUGUGUCGCAGCAGUCAAUGACAAAGUGAGCAAACAGAUGGUCAAGUUUGCAGGAGCAGUAACAAAGGAAUCCAUAAUUGAUGUAGAAGGAGUGGUAAAAAAGACGCCACAGAAAAUAGAGGGCUGCUCACAACAAGAUGCUGAGAUCUGGGUGUUACAGAUAUUCGUAGUGAGUUCUGCUGAACCAAGACUACCACUACAGAUUGAGGAUGCAGCGAGACCAUUGUCAGAGGAGGACAGCGAGAGAGCGACAGUUCACCAAGACACGCGGCUGGACAACCGAGUGCUGGACCUUAGAACGCCGUGCAACCAGGCGAUAUACCGCGUGCAGGCAGGCAUCUGCGCGCUGUUUAGAAACACACUCGCCCGAUGGGGCUUCAACGAGAUCCACACCCCGAAGAUCAUAUCAGCUGCGAGUGAGGGAGGGGCCAACGUGUUUCAAGUGAGCUAUUUUAAAAGUAGCGCUUACCUGGCGCAGUCUCCACAGUUGUACAAGCAGAUGGCCAUCGCGGGAGACUUUGACAAGGUGUUCACUGUUGGACAAGUGUUUCGUGCGGAGGAUUCGAACACUCACCGUCACCUGACAGAGUUUGUCGGUCUUGACAUGGAAAUGGCGUUUAACUAUCACUACCACGAGGUGCUGGAUGUCAUCGGACAGCUGUUUGUCGAGAUCUUCAAGGGACUCCGUGGCAGCUAUGCGACCGAGGUCUCGACGGUGAAGCAGCAGUUUCCGCACGAGGACUUUCAGUUCCUCGAGCCGUCGCUGCGGCUUGAGUUCUGGCAGGGCGUCGCGAUGCUGCGUGAGGUCGGCGUCGAGAUGGGCGACGAGGACGACCUCACGACCCCGGCCGAGAAACAGCUCGGAAAGCUCGUCAAGGCGAAGUAUGGCACCGACUUCUUCAUUCUGGACAAGUUUCCAUUAGCAGUGAGACCUUUCUACACCAUGCCUGACCCAAACAACCCAAAAUGGUCCAACUCCUACGACAUGUUCAUGAGGGGAGAAGAGAUUUUGUCAGGAGCCCAGCGAGUCCACGACUCGGACUUGCUCACGGAGCGUGCUAAACACCAUGGCAUAGACCUUGAGCAGAUCAAAGCAUAUAUUGAUGCCUUCAGAUAUGGAGCACCACCACAUGCAGGGGGAGGGAUCGGUAUGGAACGUGUAACGAUGCUGUAUCUGGGACUUGACAAUGUGAGAAAGACAUCAAUGUUUCCACGUGAUCCAAAACGUGUCACACCAUAAAACCAUGCACAACAACUGUCACAGUCAUUUAUCAACCCUUAGAUCGUGGGCAAAAUGUGUGAUAGCACUAUACUUCAGAAAAACAAGAUAUUUUGUCUUCGACUGUUUGAUGUGUCAAUGAGGGUGGUAUUUUGUGAUGAAAGUUGGUUGCAAUAUAUAAGCUAUUUUUUAAAUGUACUGAAUGCACAAUAUACAUGGAUUUUCCACGUGUUUAUUAAAUCAACAGGUUCAAUUAGCAUCCAUGUCCAAACCUUAAUUUCGUCCCUUGUUAUGUGAAAUAAACAACAGAUCUAAUAAAUUGGAUGUUACCACACAUUAA